UUGAGCCACAGCGCUCGAGUCUCUCGUCAGAAGAACCCAUCACUAUGUCGAACGGCCGAGCCCACACUAGGGACUUAGAAUGGAAAUCUGAUGAUGCAUUUGCGUACCAGCAGAAUGCCAGGGCAUUUCGAAAAGGAAUCACCACCGAUGAGGCCAUGGGGUAUUACUCACAAUACUAUCAACAGUAUGAAGAGGAUCUCCGGCCAGGACGGUACAACGGUCCCCGGAUUGCUGCUGAUGCUGUUGCCCGCUACUACCCCCGGGACAGGAACCAGAAGAAGGUCAUUGACAUUGCCGCAGGGACGGGAUUUGUUGCUGAGAAUUUGAAGGCACAUGGCUUCAUGCACGUGGACGCCCUUGAACCAUCGACCAACAUGAUUGCUCGGGCCAAAGAGAAGGGCCUGUAUCAAAAGAUCUACGAAAACUUGUUAGGACAAGAUCCUUUACCAAUAGCAGCUGAUACGUACGACUGUGCAGUUAUUUGCGGUGGGUUUGGAGAAGGCCAUAUUCCAUGUUGUGGAUUAUAUGAACUCCUCCGGAUUACAAAACCAGGCGGUGUGAUAUGCAAUGUGAUGAGAGAAGAAUACUUAAAUGAAGUGGAGGAAUACAGAGAAUGUCUCGAGCCAAUGAUGAACUCGUUAGAAAAAGCAGGAAGGUGGACAUUGGUCUCACGUGACGUCGUUCCUGACUAUUUUAUUGACCUGCCAGGGAUUGUAUUCAUGUACAAUGUUAACUGAAAUCUUGGUUAAUAACGACCGUCAUAUGCCAAUUAAAUUUGAUGUCAACAUACUCAAUAAUAAUGUAUAUCAUUCAAAGGGCGUUUUAUAUGAAGUAAUAAAAACUUCGUCCUCUGUUGAAAA